CUUGCACUGGCGAGGGUGUUGUUUCAGCAACUGUCUUGGAACAUACGAAACCUCAUCGAAGAAUUUUGACUUCAUUUUGGGCUGUGGAGUCAAAAUGGACGCUGGCAGCAAGACCGUACCCGUACAGAUCACUGAAGAUGAAGCGGCCGUAUACGACAGACAAAUACGACUUUGGGGUAUUGAGGCGCAGCAGCGCAUGCGAAAUGCCAGCAUCCUGGUCAUAAACCUCAAGGGGGUGGCCGCGGAAGCUAUCAAAAACAUUGUUCUCGCUGGAAUUGGCAAGCUUGUAAUUGUCGACCCGGCGGCCGUGGCUGAAGAAGACCUGGGCGCGUGCUUCUUCUUCAGAGACGAAGAUGUGGGCAAAAAGAGAGUGGAAGCCGCGAAAAGCAGAGUGGAAAGUCUCAAUCCUCUGGUCACUGUAGAGAUCAUCUCAGACGGUUCGGUUCUUGUCGGUUCCGCCCUGGACACACUCAUCCAAACGGUGGACCUCGUCUGUGUAACUGACUCAUCUCGUGCUGAACUGAGCCGACUCAAUGAGGCAUGCCGACGGCUGAAGAAGCCCUUCUACUCUGGUGGCAGCUAUGGCCUGCUUGGGUACAUCUUCUGCGACUUGCUGCGCCACGAAUUUAUCUCUCCGGACCGAACUGGCACCAAAGACGUUCCCCGCAGCGUCAAGGUCUCCGUCGAGUACCCGUCCCUUCAGGAAGCGCUCCAGCACAAGUGGUCAACAAUGACGAAGCGCCAAACGAAGGAAGUCAACCCCGCCAUCUUGUUCACAAUUCUCGCCAUGUGGGAAUUCGAGGCCCGAAACGGUCGGCUUCCUGCCGAAGUCAAAGACGUCGAUUCUCUCGAGCAGCUGGCGAACGACUUCAUCGCCGGCGCGGGAGUUGACAAGAAAGUCCUGACGCGCAUACCACGAGACCUUGUCGAAGCGUUGGCCACUACCGCUGCUCACGAGUUCAAUCCCAUAUGCGCUGUCGUGGGUGGCAUGCUCGGUCAAGAUAUCCUCAAAAGUCUCGCGGCCCGCGAAGCACCUAUCGCCAACUUCUUCGCGUUCGACGGCCAUACGGGCGCCGGGACCGUCACUCGUAUGAACAUCCCAUAGGUCAAUACUAUGCCCUGUAUGCGAUAUCUUCUCUUCGCCGUGCAUGCGUUUCUCUCGACCUAUCAGCCGCGGCGUACAACGAACUGUGCGAUCCCUGAUUGUGGCACCUUCCUCGUCGUACGUUUGUUAUGUCCCACUUUAUCUUUCCUUUUUGGCUCGUCCAGGUGCAUCGUGCAAAUGUUGGGGUUCACCACGAAGUGCGAUCUCCCACGACGGCAAUUUCCUACUGCGGCCGAGCCUCUCUACCUUCCU